AUGAAGAAUCAAAAUUCGAUUUCAAAACCGGCUGUUAUCAUUAAACCUCCGCCGUCCGGAUCAGCUGUGCCAUUCUCGAAAAAAGAAAAAUUGCCAAUUGAUAAUAAAAUGGAAUCGAAUAAUCAUCAUCAUCAACAACAACAACAACUCUUCGAUGAAAAACUACAACAAAACAAUGAUUUUCCAUACAACAACAAUGAGACUCCUCCGACACUUUUAACUGAUAAGGAAGCGAAAGAACAAGAGAUAAUUAUCUAUGAAUUUCAUUUUCCUGUUGACUUAUGCGGCCGUCUUAUUGGUCGACAAGGUGUUCAUGUGGAUUAUAUACGACAAAUGACACAGGUGGAUUUAGUUGUGCGAGAUGAUGCUGUUUCAUUUGAAAAACAAGUUGUUGCUUUACAUGGUCGUCGUGUUGACGUUGAACAAGCAAUUGAACUCAUAGCUAAACGUUUUCCACCCGACCGCUAUCCUCAAGUUGCAUUUAAACCUAUCAAUAAGAAAAUUGUUGUACGACAACGUCCACCUGAACGCGUAGCUGUUCCUCAAUCUGUAGCACAACUUUAUUUACCCGACGGUAUACCAACUGAAGUACUUGUUACCAGUGUUGUUUCAUGUAAUCAUAUAUUUGUUCAACAAAUUUUACAUCCAUCUUAUGUUGAACUUGCACGCCUUGAUAAUUCAAUGUCAGUCUUCUAUCAUCAUACCGAAAUGACACCACUUUUGCCAAGACCUAUUCAAACCGGUGUCAUAUGUGCUGCGCCAACACAAGCUGGUUGGUUUCGAGCAUUAAUCACAGUAUAUAACAGUAACGACGAUAUGGCUAUGAUCAAAUUUCUUGAUUAUGGAGGUUAUCUUUAUGUACAUGCAAAUUCACUGCGUCUUCUCCGACAAGAUUUCAUGGUUAUCCCAUUUCAAGGUGUUGAAGUCUAUCUUGAUAAUGUUGUUCCAGCUGAGAAUCAAGAAGAUUUUACCCCCGAGUCCACUGAAUUAGUUAAACCAACAAUUCUUGGUUCUACUUUUAAAGCAAUGAUUACGGGAUAUCAUUAUGAUAAUACUCCAUUUAUUCAACUAUCCAGACGAUAUGAUUUCCAGCGUAUCGUAAAUAUUGAUAUUCAGAAAAUGAUCAAUAAUCAAUACCAACCAUCUGCUAGUAAUGAUUCAACAUCGACAAACAAUAUUGCUAAUACAUCAAAUACUCAACCGAUGAUAACUCAAUUACAGCAAUCCGUAUCGGAUGUAUCAACAUUAUCAUCGACAACGAAUUCCGAUAGUUGA